UGAGCAGCAUCCCCUGCUGUCCCAGUGCUGUUCCUCCAACAGCUCUGCCAUCAGGGAAUAUCAACUGCCUCACACUGACCUGUCAGCGACUGCAGAACAACAUGGGGAUGAAGAGAGGUAUCACCAGCUGUACCCAGGGCACAUCCCUACCAGCCCUCUGCAGAAAGCCCUCUUGACUGCUGGCUCAGCAUUUAUGGCUCUCUACAAUCCCUAUCGGCACGGUAUGGUGGCAGUCCUGGGUGAGACAACCGGUUCUGUAGCCCUGCAGAACCUGAGGGACAGAAUGAGACACGACCCGGAAGGUUAUCAGAUCCUAGAAGAGCGGCCUCGGAUCCGGCUUUCCACUCUGGAUGUAACUGGGCUCCGGGGGCUGGCAGAUGGAAUGUUUGGCCGAGAAUAUGUCCGGUUUUUGGACAGCAAUAGGGUCUCUCCAGACACCAGGAUGCCGGUCAAGUUUGUUGACGAUGAGGAGCUGGCUUAUGUGAUCCAGCGGUACCGUGAGGUCCAUGACCUGAUGCACACACUCCUCGGCAUGCCCACCAACAUGCUUGGGGAGGUUGCAGUGAAGUGGUUCGAAGCUGUUCAGACUGGCCUGCCCAUGUGCAUCCUGGGAGCAGUGUUCGGCCCACUUCGUCUCAAUGCCCGGAAGUUGCAGAUCUUGACCACAGAGCUUAUUCCCUGGGCUGUUCAGAGUGGCCGCAAUGCCAGCUGUGUCCUGAAUUUCUACUAUGAGAACCGCUGGGAGCAGACAGUGGAGUCUCUGAGGGAGGAGAUCGGAAUCUUACGUCCCCCUGCUAUUCAAGUGUGAAAGUCUAGGGGACGGAGGGCAUACUGGGCUUCACUGGGCACCAUGCAUGAGGAGCAAUGAAUAAACUCUUUGCAGGUUUGACCUUCGUCCUGGGAAUUCUAGAGCAAUUGAAGGCAUCAGCCUGCUCAAAUGAGAUGCUGGUUUGCCAGCUUGCCAAGAGUGUAAGGGCUGCACCUAGUGACAGAUACAUUGCUGUUGUAAGUGGCUGCAGCUCUGCUGACGACAGUGGAGUUGCACUUUCUCGUGCCAAAGCUUAAUUUGAACCCUGUGGCUGCCUUAGUCCUUGGUGUAGAGAUGUGGCCCAUGGAGAUAAGUCCCACCAUGCAGUGUGCCAACAAGCUCCCUCCAGACGAUGGGACAUGGAGUUUCUUCACAAAACCCUGUGGUUUACAGUCAGCUAUCCCUGCAGUGUUGGAAUGGGGAGGAUGGGAAGUGGCGCUGAAUUAAAGUAGCACUGAAACUA